GCUGAUUAUAUGCAGCUGCGGAGUGAAUGUAGCCUAUAGUAUAUAGGCCUACCCAGUCUUCCUGAAAGAACUUGCGCUGAACUUCAUAUCCACUAUAAACACGAAGGACGAGUUUUUGUUCAAAGAAGGUCAAUGAAUAUACUAGGAGCAGCAGUGUUGGUUCUGCUGGCCGGCUGUCAGCAAUGUGUCUCCACUGACACUCCACCAGAUGUCAGGCAGAACAAUAGUACUCUGUACGCAGCCUGCAAAAUGAGACCCAGCACCUCACUCCCUGAAGGCCUGCCAAAAGUGUACGGUCAGGUGCUGUUUAAGCAGGACUAUCCUGAGGGGGAACUCAAGGUGCUCCUUCAGUUCAGUGGCUUCCCCACAGAGAGCGCCCCAGUGCCCAGAGCGGUGCACAUCCAUCAGUUUGGAGACCUGAGCCAGGGGUGUGACUCCACUGGAGGCCACUACAACCCACACAGCGUACACCACCCAGACCACCCUGGGGACUUCGGUAACUUUGUGGCUCAGAAAGGAAAGAUCAAUACGAUGAUAGAGUCUGAGGCCACGCUGUUCACAGGGCUGUCUGUGAUUGGAAGAGCCGUGGUGAUCCAUGAGGGGGAGGACGACUUGGGGAGAGGGGGGGACGCUGGGAGCCUGCUGAGUGGAAACGCAGGCCGGAGGCUUGGCUGCUGCAUCAUUGGGAUUUCUCCCCCCAGCCUCUGGAAUAUGAAGUAUGAGGUGUAUAAUAAACGUAAGCUUGUGGAUGCUGGCAUGUAGGGCAAUUAAAGAGACGUUUCCUUGAUUAACUCAUUGAUUGUAUCCCUUGUGUGGCUUAUCAAAAAUGGUGGGAAAGUGUCUUGAGAAUUCAACUGCUCCUAAAAUAAAUGCUUCCUUCCUUUAAUCCUUGGUGAUUUUCUGACUUUUCCUUAAACAGCAUCAUCGGUUUACAUUUUAGUUUAUGACCAAAGUAGCGACACUACCCGAGCUAAGAAGGUUAACAUGGUAUUCA